AUGGGCGAAAUUGUGCAAUACAUCUCUGAGGAUGGUCGACGGGCUGAUCGGAUUCAUCAUCGAUGUCUGCCUCUGCACCUGGACUGGCUUUCAGGGUUCAAUCCGCGUGUUCCGUUGCUGAAUGUCAGUAGCAUCAGAGAACGCCGGGAGCUGGUUUUGGCCUCGGCUAACGUCCUCCUCUUCUACUACUACGAUGGCGAUCGCGAAAAGAUCCUUCCCGUACUCGGACACAAAAGCCACAUUAACAUGAUUGGAUGUGAUGGUAGUGGCCGGUUCGUGGUCAGUUCGGACACCAGUUACAGCAUCAACGUGUGGGACCGUGGCUCGAUGCCGGUGGACGAUGCGCAGCCACCGCUCGCGAUACGGACCAUCUUCGAGCCAUUCAAGGGAACGGAAAUUAAUGCGGUAGCGAUGAGUCACGAGGGCAAGUUUCUGCUGGCUGGCGGGGGAGCCGAUCAGUGUAGUCAACUGAAAAUAUGGUCCUGGACGGUUGGUAAUGAUUUUCCGGAUGACACGAUUGCACUUCCGGUCCGGCUGGGACGUAUCAAGAUGCUACGGUUUUGUGUGGAUCGUGGCCGCCGGAACCAGUUUGUUGUGACGAUGGAAAGCUGCGUCGUGUUCGGGGCUUGGGAUGCGAAGGAACAGAAACUAUCGAUUCAGAUACCGAAGCGGCACGGUUUUCAGGAUUACAAUGAUUCGGUGUUUGUGGAGGGCACCGAUCGAGCGGUAUCGGUGACCAGGCCUGGUAUGGCCGUCUUAUGGAGUGAUGAUCGGAAGGCGCAACCACCCGAUGGUUCCAGUGAAACUCUGCUUCGCAAGGAGUUUCUCAAGUCUCUGCAUCUCAAGUACGCUUCCAUCAACGUGGUUCGCUCGUGCGAUGAGAAAAUCGUUACCGGAGAUGAUGAUGGUGAGAUACGGUUUUACGACAACUCGAUGAAGAUCCUGUACUGGUUCAAGCAGGAGGAUUUGGAACCGAUUCGAACGCUUUCUUUUGAGCUGUCGGAGACGCGCCAGACGAAAAAGGUUGUACCGGUCGACGAGCAGAUCUUAGCCGGAGAACAGUCCACCACCGAAACUGAGAAACAGGUUGUUGAAUUGCCAAUUGAGGAAAUCGCUCCGAAGGACGUUUCUUUCGAUGCAAAGCCUGUGAUCGUACGGGGUUUCGUUUCCGCGACCAAAUCUGGGAAAAUCUACGACAUCGAUAUCGUGUACAACAAAAUUCAGGAGCUCUUUUUGGCCUCACCCAGCAUUAUCACCGCCGCUGACGUUCAUCCCAUAAGAUCCGAGUUGUGCACCUGUGAUGGCAAUGGACGGAUGGUAAUUUAUGAUUUGAAAACGAAAACCCCCACGACGACGCUAGACGUGCCAAUACAGCGUACACGACGUGGCAGGAUAACGACGCUGGCAUACUCUCCAUGUGGAACAUUCCUAGCGGGAGGAGCUGAAAACGGAUAUCUGUGGAUGGUCGAACCGAGCGUGAUGAUCCUUAGCGCCAGCAGCCCGCUACAAUUUAGCAAUGAAAAACUUCGUAUGAUUAUGUUCUCCAGCGACAGUAAAUAUCUCGUUUGUGUGGAAGAGCAGAAUAACAUCGCUGUACUGCAGCGCGAAAAGGAGUCCUGGAAAACGAUGGGCCGUUGUGCGUCGCACAAGGUGGUUGAUUUAACCUUUCUCAAUGCAGCGGAAUUUGUGUCAAUCGGUGAAGAUCGCCACAUGGUCCAGUACUCGAUUGCCGGCAGCGAGCAAACACAACUGGCGCCCCUGGCGAUCGUGAAGCGAAGGCGCAUCGAGCAAUCGGCCCUUCCAACGGCAAUGCUUCUUCUGACCGUGGAUCAACUGCUGGUCGCCAACGACCAGCUAAAGUUCAAACUGUUUAACGCCAAGACGUUUGAGAUUUUGCACACUUUCCUGGGGCCAUUCCAUGAUGGUCCUGCGCGAUGCUUACGGCUACUUCCAGGUGAGAACUUCUUCCUCUUUAUCACGAACAACAACAUCUACCUCCAUCAGCUGCCGGUCGAUGGGAAUCCGUUCAAGUAUUUGGCCGUUCGAGGACACCCGAAGCGGCUGAAAUGGAUGCAACUCACAGGUGGACCGGAACGAUUUGCAGUUAGCUACGGUGAAGGUGAUCAUGCGAUCGCUUUGUGGAAAGUCAACACUAGCCCGGUGCUGGACAAUUUGAAACAUGCCGGAACCGGCUUGGACCCGUUCUGUGCUCUCUUGCCAGGCGGCAAGAGUGGCUGCUAUGUUCGGGAGAUGUUGAGUUUGUUCUUCUACAAUCAGAUUUCACCCAAAAAUAGUGACGGCGAUGCAGAACUUACGCUCCGCGAUGCGAUGGAGACAAAAGAUGUACCGAAUUAUAUGAGAAGUAUUGGGUUCCAUAUGAGUCAAUAUGAGGAACAAAAUCUCUGUAAAGAAAUGGAACUACUUGGCACCGGUUAUCUCACCUUUGAGGAAGUCGUUAAGUUGUUUCUUAAUCAUCGCACGAGUAACUCCCCCAACAACGAAGACAUCCGGAUGGCCGUCACCUACAUCGGUGCCACGGUUGAGUCUGUAGAUCUACGAAAGUUACGCGAACUACUGGCCACUAUUGGCGAGCCAAUCGAUGAAAAAACGACGGAGUUUUACUGCAAAAUUCUUUUCCCAUCUGUUCAGUCGAUGGACGAUGCGGUUAAACACGGUAACGAUGAGGCAACCAGCGAUUGCGAAGAGGACCAAAGAUCGCAUCUUGUUAGCAUCGAAGAGUUUACCGAAAAGCUCGGUUAACCCAGGACAAACAUUGUUCGCGUGUUGGUUUUUCAGGCUGAGAAGACGGGCAGUUGCACUGAGCAUGAGUGCGGUGGUGGGUACUUUACUUGUAAUGGCCAUGCAGUUGUGCAUCUGGAAUAUCGGC